GACUUGGAUCGCGAGAUGCACCGCCUCCUAUCGACUCAGUCGCUCAGCAAGGAUGGAGAAGACCUCACGGGCUGUGCUGCCCCCUGUGAUCUGCCACCUGAAACGUUGAUGUCUAUUAUGGAGAUGGGGAGCGACGAUGAAGACUUUGCAGGGCCCGAUGUGCCACAUCCGUCGGAAGUUCUGACGGCCGAGGAAAUGGAGGAGUUUGAGGCCGAAGUUCGUCUCCACGAGACGACGAAGCAGAUGCCGAAAGUCAAGGCAGAAGAGAUAAUGAAGGCGGCUGCUGCUAAGGCAAAGGGCGGCAAGGGCAAGGGUGGAGGCAAGCUGAAGCGAAAGCUGUCAGUGAUCGCAGAUGACAAGAGUUUGUCUACGCCACCGGGGUCCGUGAAGGAGGCGCCAGGCAGUGACCCGCUUCAGAAGAAGCCCAGGGGCCCACGAAAGGGAAAGGGGAAAGGCUUUAAAAAGGAAAAGCUGGUGGAGUCGGUGGACAAGCCAGAGUCCACAGACAAGGGUGAGCAGGAGUCAGUGGACAAGCCGGAGUCCGCAGACAAGGGUGAGCAGCAGGAGUCAGUGGACAAGCCAGAGUCCGCAGACAAGGGUGAGCAGGACGAGCAGGAGUCGGUGGACAAGCCAGAGGAGUCCGCAGACAAGGGUGAGCAGGACGACCAGGAGUCGGUGGACAAGCCCGCAGACAAGGGUGAGCAGGACGAGCCAGAGGAGAAGGAAGCCGGAAAGGAGGCGGCCAAACUGAAGUCCCGGGCCGUGGCAGACCGGAACCUGGCCACAGUCAGGUCGUUGGCCUCCAAGCAUCCGGACUUGCAGCCACAGCUUGGGUUUGCCGGCAAGAGCUAUACCGUUUGGCCUCCUCGUGGCGAAGUGGACAACCCCGAGAUCAACCCCAUCACCGUUGCUUUGUACACCCCCUGCUUCUAUGUGCAGCGAUGUGUCAAGAAAGACAGUGUGAAAGUGGACAAGAAAGGCGGCUCCACGGUGUCGUGGUUGAAGCACAGAGGAUGCUCCACGCAAGAAGACGAGGACGAUGUAAAUGGCUCCGAGCUCCACUUCCCGAAGCCCUUAACCGCAAUGAUCCUGUUCGGUGGAGAAUUGCAAAUCAGGGUCGAUUGCAAGGCUCCGUCCAGAUCUCUCUCUGGUGUGGACCUGUGUGUGGACGAGGAGGACAGCUACUACUCCUACUCCGGCAAGGGAGUGAAGCACAUGGAUACACAAUCGACGGUUCCCUGGGUAGGAACGGACUCGCCAGAUGGUGUUUGCACCUUGGUGCUUGCUGACCUUUUGGAACUGUCGAAGGAUGAGAUGGGAAAAAAUCUGUUCCUGGACAGCCUCAGGCUGGGCCCUGGUGCAUCCUGUUUCCGUGAGUUUGUGUUGAAUGCCUUUGUUGAUGACGAGAUGCUGCUGCUGGCGGAUGCUGCAAGUCAGGCGAAGGGCCUGGACAAACUGCAGCAUGUCUACCGUGUAACGGUAGAGCUCGUGAAGGAUGCUAAAGACAAAGCUCGGGUGUGGGAACACUUCAAUACCGAGGGCUACGAGAAGGUUAAGGCAUCCGCAGAGUUGUCGGUGGCAAGGGUCAAGGAUUUGACCGCCAAGGAUCCAGAUCAGAGCAAAGCCGAAAAACAACGAGCAAAGGCAGACAUGUGGCUGAGGAGGGAAGUAGCUGCACUUGACAAACGAAAGGCGGACCUGAGCCUUGCUGCGACAAAGGCAGCAUCAAAUGCUGCAGGGAAGCUGCAUGCUUUGAUCCACCACCUGAGGUCCACGGAUUUGAUGAGCGAAAGCUUUGCUCAUCAGAUGGAGUUCUGGUCGGAGCUGGACAGCACUGAUGCAGCAGCUCGAGCGACACGUCGAGCAGUGGCAGGGAAUCAGGUAGAUCCUGUGAAACUGUUUGUUUCCGGAGCUCCAGGUCGGAAGUCCCCGGCACACGUGCUUCAAGAUUCUGGUCCCCAAGUGGAAGAGAGCUUCAAGAUUCUGGUCCCCGAGAUUUGGCCCCAGAACAGGAGCUUGAAGAUUCUGGUCCCCGAGAGUCAGUUGGAGAUUUGGCCCCAGAACAGAAGCUUCAUGAUUCUGGUCCCCAGCAAGAGUCACUUGGAGAUUUGCCCCCAGAACAGGAGCUUCAAGAUUCUGGUCCCCGAGAUUUGGCCCCAGAACAGGAGCUUCAAGAUUCUGGUCCCCGAGAGUCAGUUGGAGAUUUGGCCCCAGAACAGGAGCUUCAAGAUUCAGGUCCCCAGCAAGAGUCACUUCCGAUGCCUCUACUACGUGCUGAGACUCAGGGGAUCUGUGGUUGGUGAUGCAGCACCCUCGCAGGUGACUAAGGCGACAGGGGCUCCAGCAGAGAUCGCAGUGGCCACGGAGGCCAUGCUGCUGCAGACCAAGGAUGAGCAUGGGGUCAACGAUGCCCACGCAGCAGCUGCAAAGGUCGAAACAACAAGCCCCGACCGUGUCCUGAGUGCAGGGACUGACCCCUACAUGGGAGGUGUGGUGGAGCUGUCUCCUGUUAAAGCUUUGGACUCGGAUCUCCAACGUGCAGUAGCUGCUGGCAAGAAGGACGACCACAUCGAGGCGAAGGCCAAGGCAGCCGAGAAGCCGUCUCUCCAGAUCGCCCGAGCUGAUGAAGAUGCCGAGGUGGAUGAGGCUGCAAGGCAGGAAGAACUCGAAAAACGAGCAAGACGCUCCGAUGUUCCCCCCGCGAUCAUGGAAAAGGCCAAGAUCGCCCAGAAGAAUCGAAAAUACGGCGAGCUUCUGCAGCUCUUCGCUGAGUGUGGAGAGAACUGGUCCGAGUGCCGGAUAAGUUCUACAUCUUCUACGGACGACACGAGAGCUGUGGUGGGGGGACAGACGUACAAACGAUACAAAGACUUGGUAUCUGAACACGGAAAGGAGAACGCAGAUCGGCUUAGGGCCGAGAAGAAGGCCAAACAAUCCGCCCUGGGUGACGCCUUCGAAAAUGUGCCGUGGUGGUAUGCCCACCCUGACUUUGCAGACCUGGAGGACUACGAAUUGUUCCUGGUCUGGGAUGCAGCCAAAGUGUGUACGACGGCAACACAGCGGACCUACAACGAAGUGAACCACAACAUGCAUGUUGGUGGAGAUCUUGGGAGGGAUCUCCGGUCAGCAUCGCAGCCAGGUCGUGUGGAUCCCAGCGGCAGAGGUGUCCAGCCAGGGCUUCCGCGAGACAGCCUCAAUGGUGGGAAGAAACCGAAAAGCAAAGAGAACUUGGGCGGCGAGCCAAACAACAAUAAUAAGACCAAAAAGCCAGCCACCUACACAGGGAAGGCCAACUCGAAGCUAAAGGCUGGGAGAUCGAGUAUUACCGAUGCAAAGUUCUGGGUGAAAAAGAUUCAAGAGGACCAAGCCUUGGAAGACCCCCUGGCACGAAAAAUGUCCCCGCAACUGGCAGAAGGUUAUGUUUCGCAGAUCCAGCUCUACCAGAAGCCUCUCGAAACUGCUACCGAAGCCCUCGACUGGACGAUGAUCUCAGGGUCAAAGGAUGAGGUGCCGAUUCGAAAUAUUGUCGUACCUGUUCGAAAGCGAGUCAAGGGGGUGUGGCAGCUGGAGCAAAGGGACAUGCCAUUGGUUUUGCCGCACGACGUCUUGAGUGCUUUGCAUGAAUGCGGGCGGCUACGGCAACUGUAUAGCGACGAAGACCUGUGUUACUUCUGGGAUAACUUCAAGCAGCACGAAAGCUCUGUGGUGCAGUGGCCUGCACAGGCCGAGAGAGGAAUGAUUCCCAUCGGCAUCCAUGGAGAUGACUUCCGCUACACGGAGCACGGCCAAAAGCUAGUGUUGGUGUCGAUGAACAUAUUGAUUGACAACGACGUGCAGGACAAGAUGAAUGUUCGCCUGUCCAUCGCCCACUCAGAGUUCAUGGAAUGGUAUUGGUUGAACGAGUUUUUCAAUCUGAUGGAGAAAAACGGGCGCUACCUCAGCCCAGCUGGCAAAGCUGAGCUCGAAGAGGCUUGCGCCUACCAGGAACUUGUUUUCAUGGCCAUCAUGGAUGGCACCGUGGUGGCAUACACAACUGCCCGCAACACAUCCUUAAAACCAUUAUGCCGAGGCCAAAAUCCGAAGUAUGGCCAUACCUUUCGCGAUGAGGGGUACAUGGGAGCAGCCAAAGGCAGGAUGCUAAACAAAAACGUGUCAUGA